AGUCGCCAUUUUACCGUUUUGUUAUGUGUUCGCGUACCGUUGUCUGUGAUCUCAGACGUGCUUCGAGUGAGAUGGAAGAGGUGUAAAAUUAGAACAUUUUGUUGAAGUGUCGUUAUUUAAAGUGCUUGAGUGCAAAAGGUUUUUGAUGUGAUAUCAGAGUGAAAAGUACUUUAAAAUGGAUGCUUUCUUCAUAAAUAAACUGUUUUGAUAAUUGACAUUUUGUUUUGGACCAAUGGCUGAUGAUGGAAGAGGCGAUAAUGCAACCAGGAAUUAUUUACAUGAGGAAACAUUCCACAGAACACAGGAAGCGCAAGCUGAACACAAAUUUCCGAAUCGACCAGCCGGGAUAAUUUCCUUGCCUCCAGGCUGCAGAGGGCCUAAAAGUUUAUAUCUCAAAAGGGUUGGAGGCAACUUUGGUUUCACAUUACGCCACUUCAUCAUAUACCCUCCUGACGGUCUUACUGAGGAAGACGAUGGACGAUUGGCAGCUGUGGGUGCGCUCCACGCGCCUAUGGAGACAAUAUUCGUUCGGAAAGUGAAGAAUCCAGGACCGGCCCAUCUCGCUGGUUUGCAGAAAGGAGACAGGAUAGUGGCAGUGAACGGUAUUCAGGUCAUAGACAAACCUUACAGUUUUGUGAUACAGCUCAUUCAGAAGAGUCCCGCCUAUCUACAUUUACUCGUCGUACCUAAGGAAGAGGACGCUCUGCAAAGGCUUUUCACUGAAACGGCUUACAACCCAGUCAGCAACCAAAACUUCAUACCCGACUCUCCGCCCAUCGAUCGAAGAACCGCCCAGCAGUUCCUCACCAACACCAUCAACCAGAGACCCGGCGAACUGCAGGUGGACGCCCAGUUCUGGAGAUCCCUCCGGUACCCCUUCGGCUACAGCCAAACAACGAGAUCCCAACAACAACAACAACAAUACCACCAUCACCAUCAGGACAAAAGACCGCAGUCCUACCAAUACGAUACGCGGUACUCGGACAACGCUUCCAGACGCUCGCAGCCCUUGCCCAAUGAGAUCUACACGGAGAUCCAGAUCCAUGACGCGCCGACCAGGCACACCAGCAGCAGCAACAGCAAGGCCCAGCCCCAGGUGCCCCUGUACAAGAAGAUGGGCCGAAGGGCUAGCGACGGCACUGCCUACAACAACUGCGAACCGUACUACGACCUGCCCGAGUAUACCAGCAUAGCUAGCGAUGACGACAUGGUGUUGAACAAUCAGAAACCGAGGGAUCAGUACAACAAGACGAAUCUGGCGCAGUCCAACGCGAACAUGUCGGUGUUGACGUACCCCAGCAGCGCAGGCUGCAGGCUGAGCCUGGCGGACGACCGCAGGGAGUCCACUUCGUCCUUGACCUCGUCCUACGCCGACGGCAGCAAGGACAGCCUGUCAUCCUUCGAGACCAACUCGACGCUGACUGGUCAAGAGACCGACGACUCGGCCAUACUGUCCAGGUACCGCAGGAGCUUCCAGCAGAAGGAGGAGUUCCUGAAGAUGCCGACCGGCGUCGAGCCGAACCUGAAGCAGAGGGAGUUCUACGGCAGGCCGAAGAAGUUGGAGAAGCCACAGUGGCCUCCCGGCGAGCCUCCGAAACAGCAGGACUCGCCGUCGAGGACGACCAAACCGACGCAUCACAAUUUUCAAAGGGUCAAACACGAUAUCGACAACGAGAGGGAUCUGACGAUGCAGCAGCCCGCGGUGGGCGUGGUGCAGCUUCAGCAGCAGCAGAAGGUGGGGAGGACGAACGCGCCUGCUUCCUUGGAGAUAUGCCGUCCGGAUAAUCUGAACGAGAUGGCGUCCAACGAGGAUGGAGAUGAUAAGAGAGUAUGCUCUCCUACCCAGCUGGUCUUCACCAGGACGAGGCAGUUCGAGAGCGGUAAGCCCCUGCCCGAAGACGACCCGCUGCUGAGCGACCGCACCAGCUUCUACAAGAGCGAACUGUCCAAGAUCAGCUCGAAACGAUUGGUGCCCAAUGUUACGGAGCGAGCGCAGGAAUACGAGAUCCGAGCGGUCGAUCCGAGGCGAGAGGUCUCGACGAACGCUUCCUCGAGCUCCCUGAAGAAGAUCCAGAGGGACAGCAGGUCCUUGGACAGCUCGGGGAGCUGCUCCAGUAUCAACGAGAUGCUGAAUGGUGGUAAAUCUCUCUCAGGAAAUGUGAUCAUUUCUACCGGAAGUAAAUUUAUCCACUGUCCGCCACCUUCAGAACAAGGCAGGACUGCUAAUACAGACGUCUCGGAAAGCCUGUCGAAUAGAAUACACUUCCGAUCUAAUUCUGCAGACUCUUGGACUGGAGGUUCGGAUGAUAUCAGCCAAAGGAAGCUCAGCAGACAGGACACUGUUAUCGAGAAAUCGGCACAAGAUGAAAAACCCGAUAAAGCAAGACACAGAAUCCCGAACAACGGUGACCUUUCUCCCCUGAUCCCCGAACCCGUUAAACUCUUCCCCCUGGCCCCUCUAGUGUCCGUUACCCCUGCCUACGGCCCAGUGGACACGCCCAAACCCAUCAGACCCACCAGACUAGACCUGGACGCGCCCGUGAGGCCCAUGAGGUAUCUGAAACCGCCCAGAACAAGCUUGGAAUCGCCCAUUGAUCAGCUGAUGGCCGAAGUUGGUGAAGAAAUGCCGAUUGUAAGACGCAGGAUCAAGAAUAAUAACAUUGGUAGCGAAGACAGGAUAACCAGAAGAGAAUCGUACCUGAAGGCUACUGAAGGAAGUCGUCUUCAGUUUGAAUGUGACCUAAGCGAUGGUGAGACCUCCCCUCAAGUCUUGAGAAGUGCACACAGACGUUGGCGACCUCCCUUGUUUCCUGGUGAUAUUCAACAACUUCGCAAGCUAUUCGAAGAUGCUGCAUCCUCUUUGGGUGGCAGCGCGAGCGAGAACAGCAGCAGUAGCACGUCACUGGAGAGGGACAAGGGCCGGAGCAGCCCCUUCGACAAGGAGCAGCGCUACGGCCUUGUGGUGCGGGAGGGUCCGCUGAACUGCAAGAUAACCGAGCUCGACGGGAAGCGACCCGCCAACCGGUCUUGGAGACAAACGUGGGCUGUCCUCCGGGGACCUAAGCUGUUCCUGUAUAAAGAUAGGAAUCACCAGAGCCCUAUUGGUACUUCGGAUCUGUUGGAGCAAUCGUUCUCCAACGGCGUGGACAUCAGAACGAGCCUUGUGCGUGUCGCGGAAGACUACACGAAGAGGAAACACGUCCUCAGGGUGUCCUCGGUGAACCCUUGCAGGUCCGAGUUGUUGCUGCAGGCCGAGAACAGCGACGAGCUAGCCGACUGGGUGAAAGUGCUCAACGAACAAGGUGCUACCGCCACCGAGGUGGAAACCAAAUUGGAUCUAAGCGCAAACAAACAGCAAGCAGUACCCCAGUCGAUACCAGCCCUAACCUCUAUACAGGUACAAGGAAGCCGACUCUCCCCUCUCCCGAUAAAAUCCAAAGCGGUAGCUGGCAGGAACAGGUCGCCGACGGGUCAAUCGCCGGUCAGCAAGACCAGAAAGCCCUCCCAGCAUUCAGGAGACCCGAACACCAGCCCUAAAUCGAAAACCUGGAGAGGUCGCGUCGCCAAACAGUUUAGGAAGAUCCAAGGGGCCAGCUCCCCAAGUUCUCCCACUGCACCAGAGGGCUCCACCUUCGGCGUUCCUCUAGAGCAAUGUUUACCGUCUUGUAGAAACCACUACGUUCCAAAAUUCGUCGAAAUAUGUACCGACAUAGUGGACGAGAGAGGUCUUCAAACGAUCGGUAUAUACAGAGUACCUGGCAACAAUGCAUCCAUCACCGCGUUGUCCGAAGAAGUCAACAGGAACUACGAGGACGUGCCCACGGAUGAUGCGAGAUGGACGGACGUCCACGUGGUCAGCAGUCUGCUGAAGAGUUUCUUCAGGAAGUUACCGGAUUCCCUGGUCACCAACAGUUUCUACCUGAGUUUUAUAAGAGCGGACAAGAUAGAGAAUCCCAAGCACAGGAUGCAAGAGUUAAAGCGUCUGAUUAAACAUUUGCCGCCCCACAACUACCACACUUUGAAACAUCUGGUUCUUCACCUGAACAGGGUGAUGGCUAAUUCCGAGGUCAACAAGAUGGACGCCAAAAACGUAGCUAUAGUUUUUGGGCCGAAUAUUGUCAGACCUGAAGAAGAAACUAUGGCGGAGAUGGUCAGCAAUAAUUCGCAUCAGUGUAAAAUCUUGGUCACGCUUUUGAAUCACGCGAGUUGGUUCUUUUCCGAUAGCGAAGACGAGUGUGAUCUAGACAUGGCCUCGAUUCAAGAAGUUUACGAAGAAACUGAACCGGGUAAUCAACAAACGUUAUUGGAGAGUAUCUCCAAGUUGGAAGCUAUGCCGGUCCACAAAGAGAAGAAUGGAGCUCUUUUUUCCUCGAUAAUAUCGGCAGCACAGAGGAAGGUUAAACGGAAAACCAAAGGACCAAAUUCCUUGCCUGAAAGUAAGGAGGAGCUACCAUCACCUACUGGACCUAAUAGCUUACCACCAUAUUCACCGAAUGAUCUCAAAGAUAGUACAACAGAAAAUAAUAAGACUACUAAUAUACCUACCACAGUAAGGGAUAUAGAAACACAUACUAAACAAACAGAAAGGGUACCGUGGUUCAACUAUGCCACAGACCAAGAGGAAUUCCAAAAGAGGAUAGAAAAGUUCAAGAAUGAAACACAAGCUAUGCUAACACGACCAAGAUGUCUGGAGAUAACAGUGGACAGAGGAACCCGAAAUUCCACAUCACUGACAACCUCAUCCAGUGGCACCAGUCACCUGGCCGACCAAUACCCCAUCACAAAAACUCACAGUGUAUCCAGUGUGUUCCCAUCAAGGGUACCGUGUUCUUUCGACAACAGAAACAGUUUAAAUUCGCUGGACAAUAAUUCGCAUGUGUUCCAAUACAACAGUAAACAUUUCGUCGGUAAUAAGAAAGGUGAGAGUGCGCACGAGGUUCGCUGCGGUGCUACUCAGACUGGGGACGUUAAGAAUCGAAAUGCGCAGGUCACGAACAGGGAGGCCAACGGAAGGGAAAGGACGUCGGGGAGAAGGAACAGUUCAAUCGAAAAUCUCAAUUCUGAUAGCCCAGACGGCAAAGGGGCUGCUUCUCUGAAGAAGGUCAAAUACGAGAAUCAGGGAGAAUUCCAUAGGACAACCUCUUUGGACUCGAUGAAUAAAUGUGGUACAGAUGAUGACACGGAUCUUGUAUCUGCUAUGACUAAGCUGUAUGACAAAAAAUUGGAAGACUACGCUCAGCCCAGUAUAUUAACAGGAGAAGGUUUACCCUAUGCAGACGAAUCACCCGAAAAAACAAGAGAGAGCACUUAUGCAUCCGAUAAAGAGAACAGACCUUGUGAUCUUUACAAAAAUCCAAGUCUACAUAAGUAUCAAUACAAUCUGAAUCUGAGACUGAAGAAAGAAGAAGCUAAGGUGAAGGAAGCCAAGGAAGAGCCUGAAAAGGAUGAAGAUUCAUCUGUGUUGAAGGAAAAUGUACCUGACAACGAAAGACACUUACCAGCAAACAAACUUACCUUUAUUUCGAACAACGCUAACAUUCUGAAUGGCACUAAUACAAGUUCGAAAUUAAAAAGAUCUGAAUCACUAAAUAAACCUGAAAGGACAGUAUCUCCAAUGAAUAAUAAAGUGAAGAGGUCAGAAAGCCUAAACAAAGCGGGGGAUAAAUUAAAAAGAUCGGAUAGCUUAACAAAAACAGAAAAGACAGAGAGUAAUAUUAGUAAAAGAAGGGAACUGAUAACGAAAAAAUCUAAAGAACUUAAACGUAAAAAUGGUAUGCCGGAUCGUUCAAUAAAAAGAAGGCAUACUGUUGGAGGCACAAAGGACCCUGAUAAAGUUACCUUACUGGAUAAAUACCAGGAAGAAGUAAACCCUAACAAGGAAGAUAAGGAAAAAAACGUGAGAACUAGCUCACCAGACUUGAGUUCAACCAGACGUGAAAAAUUGUUAUUUGAAAUCAACCUGAUUGGACCAGAGAAUAUGGUAGUAGCUCUACGACAACACCUGAUUGGCAACCGACCACAGAGUUUUCCAGAAUCAACAGUGUUCAAGGUACCCCUGGAGUCUCACGUCUGAGUCUCUGUGUCUACAUCUCAGUGCCUUAAUGUAAAACAUCAAACAUUAACUUAUAGACUGAUCUAUUUAAUUCAUGUGCAAUAUUGUGCAUACAUAUUUAUUAUAGUGUUCAUAACACUUGAAUUUUUGAUAGGCAAGUAGCUUUGGAAGUUCUUUGAGAGAGGCAACACACAGUUUUCACUUCAAUCGCGCAUUUAUGUUAUCAGAAAGUUUCGAAAAGGCUGAACUAUCAAUCCGUUGUGGGAGAUUUUGGAUGAAUGUCAAGACCUAUUUAUUAUUGAGUAAGAGGUGUGGUGAUAUCAAGUUUGUUUGAGACUUACUGAUAAACUAAUUCUGCUUUUUUGAAUUAUGUGAUUUUUUUCUUUAAAUAUUCCAAUUGAAGCAAUUCGAAUUUGUGAUACACAUAUAGGGUUUAGAUAUGUAUAUAAUAUAGUAAUUAUUAUUAUUGCCUUGACCUACUUAUUGAAUUGAUCAUAAUGAAUUAUUGAAAUUAGAUUAUUUUUAUUUAGUGAUUUAUAGCAGUAUUUGAAAUUGAUACUGUGCCAAAAUUGAACACUUCGCUUGUAAUAAUGUCAGAUAAAUUAGAGAAUUUGUAAAUAAUUAUCGAUUUAUUCUGCUUGUGAGGUGUAAAAGUCUACUGUUUAUGCUAGGCUGUUUGUAUCUUGCCUGUUAUUGUUUUUUUUUAUAGUUUUAAGUACAAAUUGUAUGUGUUGUUGUACUAGUGAACAUUGUAAAUAUAUUUUCAAUUAAUA